AUGCGAGCGUGUAAUGGCUGCAGAAAGCGUAAGAUCAAGUGCGACGCUGCUACAACAAAUACAUGGCCUUGCUCGGCCUGUACACGUCUUAAGUUAGUAUGUGUACCUCCUACUGUUGGACAUGACAACGAGUUCCCCACGGGGCAGGGUGUUGAAGCCAAUUCGACGGAUACCAUCGGUGCAUCGAAUACAACGGAAUCGUUCUCGUCCUUUUCCAUGCCCCAGGGUUACAGAGACAGCAGCCAAGCUGCAGUGGGCGGUAUACCUCCCUAUAACGACGGGAUGGGAAUGUUCCCCCAGUUCACCCAUUCUGCUUCCCACCAGCCGGGAAUGUAUGAAGUAGGGUCACCUGCUAUAGCUGUCUCACAUCAUACCUACCAGCAACAGCAGAUUUUUCCCUCUCAGGCAGAGAGCUUGGGAACUAUAGAGAGCGGAGUAUAUGGCGAUCACGAACAGUCCACUGCUGAGGAUCUUAGCGAGGUUCUUGGUGAACUCAAAAUAGAUGAGACUGGUAUAGCGCCCUAUAUUAGGCAGCAAAAGAAAGAAAAGGGUGAACCGGAAAUCCCUAUACAAGAUGAUGUAGAAGAGCCAUUACCUCCUCUCAGUACUGGGGCAGGCUCUACAAUUCGUAUUCCCCCGGAGCUUAUGCCAUCCGAUGAAGAGGUCACGAACUACUUCAAGAUUUAUUUUGACGAUAUACACCCUUAUGUCCCUGUGGUGCAUCGAUCGCACUUGUACUACCAGUGGCAAUAUGAUCGGAAUUCGAUUUCUCCACUUCUGCUGGAGGCGUUGUUUGCAUGCGCGGGAAGACAGUCAGAUGAUCCAGCUCAGGGAGCACAGUGGCUUGCAUUAGCGAAUAGGCACGAGUCUAGUUUUAUGGAUGUACCCCGUCUGAGCACAAUCCAAGCACUGCUUCUACUUUUGAAAGCUCGAGAAUCCGUACCAAAGAAAGGCUAUUACUACCGCUCAUGGCAGACUGUGAAAACAAUUGUUUCAAUGGCUAAAGAUUUAGAAAUUGACGAACACUAUAGCACACAUGCAGAACACAGACACUGUGAUCUCAACCCCAUAGAGUGUUUGGUACAGACAAGAGUGUGGCAAGCUCUCCUGGUUGUUGAAGUAAUGAUUGGUGCACCGCAAGGCCGAUCGGACUACGGUGUAACUCCCGACACCGUUUGUAUGGAUCCUGCACUGGACAUUAAAGAUCUUGACCAGUUUGAAAUCGAUCGAUCUAGACAAUAUGCCUACUUUAUCCAGAACGCUCAUCACAUCCGUAUUAUCACUGAUAUAUACCACAAGAUCAAAAAGCAAAAGGACUGGGGUGCCAAUCCAAAGUUUGUUGAGAAGAAUCCUCUCUUUACUGAUUGGCUUCAAGGUCUUCCUUCAGAUCUACAGAUUAGCUAUCCUCCUGACGGCUCACCCCCAUGGAUACCGUCCCACUUUGUGGCUAAUAUGCAUUCCCAUUGCCAUUUAGGCAUUAUUCUACUUCACCGGCCUCAGUUGCUUGCAUCUAAAUCAUUUGCCGCGGACGGGGGGUGGAAAAUGCAUAUGGCUUUGUGUUACUCUUCAGCUAAAUAUUUGUGUAGACUUCAAGAAGCUAUCCUACAGCGCUUUGGCCUCCCAGGUCUGCUCUCCAUGCAAAGAGGUAUAAAUUUUGCUAUUUACUGCAUUAUGACUUGCACAAUGUUGCAUUUGGUCGCGAUAACCUCUCCUGACCCAAACUUCCACACAGAUGCGCGCGAUUAUUUUGCCCGACACAUGCGCAUCCUCGAGAGGUGUUCAUCUGCCUGGCCAAUGCCAGAAAUGCAAGCACAGAUCGAUUCCUUGCGGCUGGCAUUCUCCGCCGACGUGCAUAGGCCCUUCGAGCUUAAGCCUACAUUUCCUUAUGGAAGUCCUUCAGAGCCAUACCAUCCGAGCCCGUCGCCUCUCGACUCACAAUACCAACCUCAUGUAAGUCAGGUUUCUGGUGGCGUCCGGGGUCGGGUGGGUUACAACCCUUAUCCAAUCACCCCACCGAUAUCAGCUAGUACUGAAGAUUCAAAGUCCGAUUGCUCCCAGCUCCAUUCUCUAGGGAUGAUGCCUCCCCAGCCAGUCUCGAGUCAAUCAUUGAAUGCGCCUCUCGUUGACGAGAAUAGCUGGGACCCGACCCGUAUCAUUACCCAGUGGGACAUGGCAUUCUCCAUGGCGCCAUCCACAAUGAAUACGAACUCUCCCACAAUGUCUAUGGAUCAUGCAGCACAGGGGGUUCAAGCGUCUUUGGCAGGUCAAUACCCUAUUCAGUAUGGACAAACAACCAAGGUUACGCCAGUCACCCCCCCUCAGGCUAUCUCACCACCUCAAUAUAAUGGACAGCAAGUGCUCUUUACGGCGCGUGACUGGCAACAGAGUGUUGCCAGUGUUUAUGAUCCUAAUGGCUUGAAGCGACGCUGGAAUUAUUCCGUCGAUAUAGGUACAGAGCACACUCAGAAGCGGGCACGUUGA